UUCCAGUUUGCGGGGCAACAAAUAUAUUCAAGCCUUUCUUGACACGGCUUAGGAGCCGUGAUGUUUGGCUGUUCGAACUCUGAUGAACUAGAUAACCCAGAUGCAAGACUUUUACCAGUGAACCGAGGUCAACUUUGCUCUUUUUGGCGCCGAGUGGCGGGCUCACAGUAUUGGUGAACUGGACGAACUUGUUGCCUUGCCAGAGUUGGGGGAAGUCGUAGAGAUAGGAUAUCCCAACCGAGUACCACUGGCGGGAGACGAGGCAAAAACUGUGGAAGUUCUUUUGCCUGUCCAUCAAUAUCAUGCCACCCGGGGCGUACAUCUCAUCAUGCCAUAGUAUUUUAGCAAUGAUAAGGAGGAUCUCCGUAGGGAGAUGCGCACUCUUUUGCGUUGUCUGCAUGAUAGUCGGGUCGGUGGUUGUUCACUUCAUGUUGCUGCUGCCCUCGUACUUUCAAGGCGCGGUGUCUAAGCAACGGAUGGAUGAAAAGGCGAAAAGUCUUACAACGAGAAAAGUGAAGAAGCUCCAAAGUGUGACAUGAUCAUUGUCUGAUCCUGGAUCUUUUCUCAAACAGCACGACAAGUAAUCGUGGGUGGAUUGUGGAUGUUGGCUCACGGCAAAUCGGAGAAAGUGAAGAGGAAAGUGGGGCGGAUAGCGGGAGUGAGUCGGAGAUGAUAUCACCUCUACCGUAAACGCGCCCCUGUCAGACACUUCUGCCUCUUCCACUCUUCCGCAACGAGCCAGAAUGCGACCGACUACAGUGUGGCGAUCACUGAGCCUCCUACAGAGAGCAUCCAUCAAGUGUAGCUCGAGCCGCAGAGCUAUUCAAACCGCAAGCAAACCCCGCAUUCCGAACUUCGCUUUUGCCUUUGAUAUUGAUGGCGUCCUCCUCCGAGCAUCGAAGCCGAUUCCUGGUGCUGCCGAGUCAUUGAAACUCUUGAAAGAGCAGGGCAUUCCAUUCAUCCUGCUCACCAACGGCGGCGGUAAACACGAGACGGAACGCGUCGCAGAGAUCAGCGAGAAGUUGAACGUAUCACUGGACCCGUCAGACAUCGUCCAGAGUCACUCGCCUUUUGCAGAACUCGUAAAGGGCACCGACGAGGCGAGUGCGUUGGAACAUAAAUGCGUGUUGGUAGCGGGCGGUGAUGGCGACAGAUGUCGGCGCGUUGCGGAACAAUAUGGCUUCAGGAAUGUUGUGACUCCAGCAGACAUCUUCAUGGCCAAUCCAUCCAUUUGGCCCUUUUCGAAAAACUUCACCGACUAUUACAAGACCUUCGCGCGGCCUCUUCCCAAAUCGCAGCACCCAACUGAUCCAACGAGAGGCCUCAAGAUUGACGCUAUUUUCGUGUACAACGAUCCUCGGGACUGGGCUCUUGACACCCAGGUGAUUAUGGAUCUUUUGCUGUCCUCGAACGGAAUCAUGGGUACUUUGUCGAAGAAGAACGGCCGGACCGAUCUUCCCAACCACGGUUACCAACAGGAUGGACAGCCACCCCUCUACUUUUCCAAUCCUGACCUUUGGUGGGCUGCCGCCUAUCAUUUGCCUCGUCUCGGCCAAGGGGGCUUCCGGGAGGCACUCGAAGGUGUUUGGGCUGCGACGACAGGUGGUCUCAGCAAAGGGAUUGAGCUGAAGAAGACUGUGAUCGGCAAGCCUCACCAACCGACCUAUGAGUUUGCCGAGCGACAGCUACUUCGGAAUCGUGCCAGAGAAUUUAAUGGCGCAACGGAUCUUCCGCCUUUGCAGCGAGUCUACAUGGUUGGAGACAACCCCGAGUCAGAUAUCCGGGGCGCAAACUCCUACCGCAGUGAGGUUGGUAGCAGCUGGCAGUCCAUCUUGGUGCGAACUGGUGUCUAUAGUGGCGGCGAGCCCGCUUGGACUCCACAGGUCAUUGCGGACGACGUGCAUAAGGCAGUGCAGUGGGGAUUGAAGGCUUCUAAGUGGACUUGAUUCAUAGAUUAUCGUGAGCAACAGGUCUGUAUUCAUGCGUCCUGUAGAGUCAUGAUAUGCAUACGGCGCUGGUGCUGUGUAUAUAGGUGCUGUAGCCUAAGUCGAGACUGGCAUUAUUUUUUUAGCGAAUUCAUCAGCAGUGUCAUCUUGCUUUCUA